CCAGAAGCGCUCGUGGGGCCACAGGCGUAUGGAUAGAGCACGAGGAGCUCUCCCUCCUCAGAGAAGUGGUUGAAGAGGAAGGACAUUUGGCUGAGGGCACAGACUGAGCCAUGACUCUGAGUUCAGAGAUGUCCGAUGCGUCCAUCCUCUCAGAAGAGACCGAUAUAGAUGUAGUGGGAGAGGGAGAAGACGUCGACUGUCACACGCGUGCGUAUGUGGAUGAAGUGGCGCAGAUGCACGAGGGAAUCCUCCUGGCCGGUUCUCCUCCUCCGUGUCUGGACAGCCCCACUUCCUCACGGGACAGCUACAAACCAACGGGCAAGAAUACCCUCGUGAAACCUCCCUACUCCUACAUCGCACUGAUCACUAUGGCCAUCCUUCAGAGCCCCAAAAAGAGGCUGACACUCAGCGAAAUAUGUGACUUCAUCAGCAACCGCUUUCCGUACUACCGCGAAAAGUUCCCCGCAUGGCAAAACUCCAUUCGCCACAACCUGUCACUAAACGACUGCUUUGUCAAGAUUCCCCGGGAGCCAGGGAACCCGGGCAAGGGAAACUACUGGACGCUGGACCCAGAGUCUGCCGACAUGUUUGACAACGGGAGCUUUCUCCGGCGAAGAAAGCGCUUCAAGCGGCAGCAGGCACAAGAACUGUUGCGGGACCACAACACCUUAAUUCCAGGGGCGGCGUACGGAUACUCACCAUACGGCUGUGGGGGCUACGGCCUAUCACUGCCGCCCUACCACACACACUCCGCGCUUCUCGCCUUCCAGCAACAACAGCACACUGGGACCGUGAUCCCCGCGCCGUCUCUUAUGCCCACAACCACGGACUUAACUCGGAGCAGGUUUUACCCUCAGCUCAGCCACGGUCUAGCCUCCGUGCGUAAGGCCAGCUCACCGGCACAGCGCUCACCGUUUUCCAUAGAGAGCAUCAUUGGCGGCUCUCUUAGCCCUUCAAGGACUCCUCCGGUCGUGCUCCCGGUACUGCCUCCCUCUUUGGGACGCCCAGUCUCAAGUCAGCCGCAGAGCGCGCCCCCCGGGACAGACUAUUGCAGACCUGUGAGCGGCACCGGCUGCUAAAUUUUACAGUAACUUUCCCUGUUGCUAAACAUGAACAGCGAGACAAAACUAAAAUCCCUUCGAAGGUAGGAAUAUUUUUGUAUGUUCAUAGCCAACAUAAAUGAUGGAUAAAGUAGCCUACAGGUUUGUGCCUACUACAUUCACAGGAUAGGCCUAUUUAUGAUGAACUGUUGUCAAUCGACCUUUAAACAAAAAAUUGUAAUUUUCAUGUGAUUUUCUUUGGCCACUAUUUAGGGCGUCUCAGGAUAACAACAUGUUAAAAUGAUCACAUGUAUAAAUAGCCUAGGCGUCUUCUGUAUUUGUGUCAAACACAACGAUGUUUUAUUACUUUUGCAAAUGAAGACAUUUUUAAGCUUUUAAUUUCAAGUUUGUAUUUGGGGUGCAGAGAACUAU